AUACAGCAGCCUCCCCCUCCCAACAAGAAACCUCACGUUGAUGUUAAAACAAAACCUAGUUAUAUGGUCUCUCAUAUGCAUAUCAUUUUAAAAUGCAUCAACUGAUGAGUUGAGCGAUUAGGAGAUGAUGAAGCAGCUCUAUGCAUUACUUUUGCUUAAAUCUUCAACCUUAAUUCAGUCAAUGAGGGCAAACAGGAGUUGAUAAGCAUGCAAGCAUAGGCAGUAAGUAUUCCAAUACAAAUUUAAUUCUAGCCUUAGAGCAGUUGAUUCAUCCGUCUCAAGAAAUGGCAGAUGUCCUAAACUUUUUUGUUAUAAGAUACCUUGACAAACUAUCAGAUGUUAUAAAGGGAGAGAUAGGUAAAGUGCUAGGGGUUAAAGAAGAAACUAAGAGGCUUCAUAGAAAAUUAUCAAGAAUCCGUCCCUAUAUUCAAGAUGCUGAAAAAAGAAGACGUAGAGAUCCUGCGAUCAACAAUUGGGUGAAGGAAUUAAAAGAUAUCAUGUAUGAUGUAGAAGACACACUUGAUCUUUGCUUGAUUGAAGGUGGGAGAUUAUUGGAGGCUCUUCCAUCUUCUCCUUUGGAGGUAUGCUCUCCGGUUAGUUUGCUUUCAUUUUGCUUCCAGUGUUAUAAGUUCCGAAGAAACAUUUGGAAUCAAAUAAAAAGAGUCAAUGAUAGACUCGACGAAAUCAAAGACGACAGUAAUGUUAUACCCAGAUUAGUAGCACACAUAAAUGAAGGCCUCCAAGAUAACACAGUAAAAAUGUCAUCUCCUACCUCUUCCACACAUGUGGCGACAGACAUUGUUGGGACACAAAUUGUAGAUGCUGCCCAAAUGUUAAUUUCAGAGAUAGAGCGUAACAAAAAAAAAUGUAGUGUGUUGGGAAUUUCUGGGAUGGGUGGAAUAGGCAAGACCACUCUAGCACAAAAAAUAUUUAACGAUGAAAUGGUGAAAAAACAGUUUCCUAAAAGAGUGUGGUUACAUGUAUCUAAGGAUUACUCUCAGAUUGAGCUACUCAAACAAAUACUAAGAGGUGUAGGAGGACAUGAUGAUGGUGUUCAAAGUAGAGCAGAAGUUGAAGGUAGAAUUGUUCCUCUUCUUUCAGAAAGUUUGCUUCUUGUACUGGAUGAUAUAUGGAGUGCAAGUGCAUGGGGAGAUUUAAUCAGAAAUCCCAUUUUGAAUGGUUCCUGUAGGGCUACUGUCUUAUAUACCACUAGGCAUGAAGAUGUGGUAGCAGAAAUGAGAGCUGAUUUUGUCCACCAUGUUGAGAAAAUGCACGAAGACAGUGGCUGGGAAUUAAUUAGAAAAAUUGUUUUUGGAGAAGGGGAGAAUGAAAUAAUUUCUGAAUUGAAAGAAGUUGGUAUGGAAAUUGUCAGAAAAUGUGAUGGUCUUCCUCUAGCAAUUAAAGUGAUGGCUGGUGUUUUAUUUCACAAGGACCGGACCAAAAGGGAGUGGAUAAAAGUUGUUGAAAGUGAUUUAUGGUUUAUGACCGAGAAUAGAAAUGAAGUAUCAAAUGCUUUAUACUUGAGCUAUGAGGAUUUGCCGAGUCACCUCAAACAAUGUUUUCUUAGUUGUGCUUUCUAUCGUGGCAUAUCAUUUCGAUCAGACUUAAUCCGACUAUUGAUGGCUGAAGGAUUUGUGAUUGAAGAAUCAAAUCGUUUGAUGGAAGACACAGCUGAGAACUACUACGAGGAACUUAUUGCAAGAAACCUUUUGCAAAAUCAUACUAAAAAUUUAAAUAGUGUAGGAGUUGUUAUGCAUGAUGUUUUACGAUCUUUUGCAGAAAAAUUGAUGGAAGAGGAAGGGAUUAUCAUUAAUAAUGGUCAAUGCACAAGUACAAAUUCUUUGACAAAGAUUCGUCGUUUGUCCAUCUCAAACCAAGGUGAUGAUGUGUUAUCUCUUCCCAAUGUGAUAACAGAGCAAAAAUGUUUAAGAGUCCUACGCCUCAUCAAUUGCCCUCGAAUCAACCGAAUAGAGAAUCAUGCAUUUGAAAGCUUACAGCGUCUCAGAGUCUUGGAUUUGUGUGAUACAUCCAUAGAAAGCCUCCCAGAUUGUCUUACGAAAUUGUUACAUUUAAAAUACUUGGAUCUUGAUCGAACAAAGAUUAGAAGGAUUCCUGAAUCCAUUGAGUGCCUUGCAAACCUGCAAACUUUGAAUCUGUCGGGGUGUGAAUCACUGCAUGAACUUCCAAUGGGGAUCACAAAGUUAAGCAAUUUGAGGUGCCUUCGAAUUGAGAAGACUCCGCUCACCCAUGUUCCAAAGGGAGUUGGGAAGCUGAAAAAUCUCAACACUUUUUUGGGAUUUUUUGUCGGCCAUUGUGACUCCAUGAGCAAGAUGGAUGGAGGUUGUGACUUGGACGAGUUGCAAUAUUUGUGCAAUCUAAGACACUUACGGAUAGAUAAAUUGGAAAGGGCAACAAGGACAAGAAACGGAAACUUUAUGCUUGCGAACAAAAAAUUUCUCAGGAGAUUGAUUCUUGAAUGGACAAAGAAUAAUAAUGAAAACAAUGAGGAGCAAAUCACUGAGGCGGAGAUGAUAUGCAACCAAUUCAGUCCUCCAUCGAACCUACAAUCUCUUGCAAUUAAGAAUUUCCCUGGCCGACAAUUUCCAGAGUGGAUGGUGUCAACUUCUGCACUUGAUUCUUUGGCUAACUUAACACUUUUGAGUCUGGCCAAUUUCCCAUCAUAUACGGUGCUCCCUCCAUUGGGCCAACUUCCCAAUCUUAAAGUCCUAGACAUUGAAGGAGGGGAAGCAAUCAGGAGUAUUGGUCCUGAAUUCCUUGGCUGCAGAACGCCUGCAUUCCCAAAACUUGAGUAUAUAGCAUUCGACAACAUGCGCAAUUGGGAAGCGUGGAUAUUGCGUGAAGCACUGGAUGUUCAAGCAACCAACCUCAAUUUGUUUCCUAAUCUGAAAUCGUGUAACAUCAUCAACUGCCCAAAGCUGAAAAAUAGCAUCCUUCCUUCGAAUAGGUAUUUGCAAAUUAAUCUCUGUCCAAGUUUGGAAUAUGUGGAGAAGGUUGGCACGUUGCAGCAAUUGGUAGUUAUUUUCCCCGCUGAAAUAAAACAGCUUCCACAGUGGUUGUCAAGCCUGAUUAAUGCGACUUUGCAUAGUUUGCAGCUAUUUUACAUGCACUGCGAUUCACUUCUACUAGAUAGUUGCAGCAAGGGGAAGCAAAAUUGUCACAUCAUUCAACAAAUUCCAAAAGUUACUAUUUAUAGCGUUGAUCGUAAAACACGCUUAUUACUCAACAAGGGCUCGUACAAAUACGAAAUAAAGGAUGAGUUUGGAAGUUUCAUCUCCCUUGAUCAACCAAGCUUCCAUGGCUGAUUGUUUCCUCCAUUAUGAUCGAGGUUAGUAACUCAUUAAUCAUGGAUUUUAUAAUAUCAUCACAAAUAAAAUGUACUUGUUUCUUUAUUUCUACUUGAAGGGCGCUUGUUGGAAUUGGUAUAACUUGACCAAGGUGCCUAUUUCCACUAGUUCUAGUGUUGGUAGAAUUGCAUCUUUGUCUUUUAAUUGUCUAAAACUACUCUUUUGUAGAAAAAGAUUAUUUGUCUCUGUAUUUAGAAUAAAUGUUUGGGAUUGUGUAUUAUAACCUAUAAGCUAGUUAUUUGUAUCUGUUUCCUCAGAAAUUCUUUGAAUGGUACAUUGUAAGUCAUAAGCUAUUUAUUUGUUUCCUCAA